AUGACUACUAUUCAUCCAUUGUCGUCUUUAAUGACUUUACCGGAGUUGGAUAUAUUUGGUGUCCCUCCAACUCAAUUAAUGAUUGAAAAAGAUAUACAAACAGAUCACAGACCGCUAACUACAAUAAAAGCUGAUUCACCCAUUGAAUUUGAAAUAACUACUGGAAUCAAUGAAUAUAUCAAUUUAAAUAAAUCUGAAUUGUACCUAUAUGUAAAAAUAGGUCAAACAACUAUCACCAGUUCAUCUAUAAAUUAUCCAUAUAUUGCUUAUUUUGAUGCAUUACUUAAUACAUCUUCUCAAUCAAAGUCAACACAUAUGCAAACAUCAAUGUGGGUUAAAGAUAGUUACCCAUUUAAUGAUCAUAACUUAGAGCGACAAAAACGGUUAUCACCAAAAGGUAAAAAACUAGCAGUUAGCCGUCAUAUUGAAUUGUAUGGAAAAUUACAUUUGGAUUUAUCUCAACAAUUAAAAUCACUAAUAGGUGGUGUAACUAUUAAUAUAAAAAUACAUCCAAACUCUCCCGAUUUCUACUUAAUGUAUGAUAAAUCUAUUGUUCCAAAAGUUAACAUUAUAGAUACUAGACUUUAUAUUCAUCGGUCAAUUGUUCAUUCACAAGUAGUACUAGCACAUAAUAAAAUGCUUGAAGAAGAUAAACCUGCGCUAUAUUUUAUUACCCGCCGUGAAGUAAAAACAUGUACUAUACCAAAGGAUAGUAUUGAUUAUUGUUUGAAUAAUGUUGAGAGUGGUGUUCUACCUAGGAAGCUGUAUAUAUCAUUUGUAAGUAAUGAUGCUUAUAACGGCUCUCAGACACUUAAUCAAUUUUAUUUUAAACACUAUAGUUUACGAUAUAUUGCUUGUUAUUUAAAUGGUCAACAGUACCCGCAUAAACCAUAUACACCUGACUUUCAAAAUGAUAAAUAUAUUAGAGAAUACUUUAGUUUAUUUGAAGUUAGUAAUCAGCUGAGCCAUACUACUUGUGACAUUACAAAAGAUGAAUUUGCCGAAGGUUUUUCAAUAUUUGCAUUUAAUUUCAUACCUGACCUAUCAGAUGGCGUUGCAAAAAGUGGUUAUGUAUCCCCAUUACAAAGAGGUGGACUUAGAAUUGAAUUAAAAUUUAAUUACCCUUUAGCCGAACAAAUAACUGCUUUAAUUUAUUGUGAAUACGAUAGUUUAAUUGAAAUACAGAAAAACCGAUUUGCUGUUAAAGACUUUUCAUGA